CAUAGUGCAGCGUAUAAGGCGAAUGUUAAACUAUGUCGGGCUAUCGAGAAAGAACCUACUUUAUAUGAUCCAAACCAUGAACAUCAUAGAAAAAAGACAGCCUUCGGAGAUUUGCUGGGAGUCGGUUGCGGAGGAGACAGGAGUGUCGGUGGAUAAAUGCAAACGACGCUGGCGUCAAAUACGCAGCGAUUACAUUGCCAAUCGCAAUGCACCGAACUUCCCCAUGGCCGAAGAGCUUGCGUUUCUUAACGCUCACCUGCCGGCGUCGUCCGAGUUGAGUACGGUCGGCGAAAAGGAUACAAGCAAGAAGGACAAUGAGAGCGAGCGAGAUAGCAAGAGUAAGAGCAAGGAACCUUCGGUUGAGCUCAGCUAUAAAGAGGAAGAAUUCGAAGACACAGAAGCAGUUGAGGAACAGCCGUUGUCCAAGCUAAAGCAGACAACUUUGAGCCAAAAACAAACAGAAUCCGAACAGGACAAAAUCAAGCCAAAGGACAAGAAAGUCGAGCAGAAGAAGGAAGCCAAGAACAAGCGUAAAUACAGCGAAUAUUACGAGAAGGAAGAGGAACACGAAGCAGAGGACAAAAAAGAAGCAGCAAAGCUGGAGCAGCCACAACGCCUUCGCCUCGACAGCAACAAGUCGGAGUUCUUCAUCAAGCAGAGCAGCAAGACGACCCCUAACUGUCUCAUCAUUGGCAAGAAACAGCCCACAGAAGACGCCACAACGGAGCCGCCACAGCUUGCCGACGAUCACUUCGAUUCCAUGGCCGAUGAAAGUCCCGAUGAAACCGCAAGCGUUGGUGGUGGUCGACGGCUGCGUCGCGGUCCCGCUCGCAAGCAGCUCCCUAUACAGAAGACAGUCUCGGAGCAACGCAUAACCCGACUGUCGCGUCGCAAGUCCUUGUCCGUGGCGGCUGCGCUCCGACUGCGCAGCUCCACAUCGCCGGUGAAGAUGACACCGCUGCCACGCACCAUAGCAACUUCUCCCAAGGCAGCCAAAGUCGGGCAACCAGCAGCAGCAACUGCAGCGGCUGCUGCUCCUUCACGGGAUGACAUCUUUCCGCGUCCACGCGCCGCGCCACCUGCUGUGGUCAUGGCCCGUCGUCCUGGCCAGCAGUUGACACAGUCGCCUCUACAGAUCUCGUCGCCAACCCCAUCAUCAUCGCAGUCACCAGCGCAACCUUCGACCACAGCUGCCUCCGCGACUGCACCGCUUAUGCGUCAGAUCAUCAAGCCGCGUCCUGUACCAGGAACACGCCCCACAGUUCCUGCUCCAAUUGCAGCCAAGCGUUUUGCAGUGCCCACGGUCACAGCGCCUCGUGCGCCACCGCCACACAGUCUACACAACGAUCCUUUGAAGCUGCCACCCGCCAGCAAAGGGGCCACAUCCUCUUCACCACCGCAGCAACAACGUUUGGUCUCCUCCAGCAACACGCUCGUCAUUAGCACCACCAGCUACCCGACGGCUAGCAGCAACACCACAACCAUGAGCUCCAGCUCCGGUACCAGUUCCAGUAUCGGUUCCGGUUCCAACACAGGACUCACCACCUCCAUCACAGCCUCGGCGAUUGCGAGCACCACAACGCUCGUCAAGCGCUUGGAGAAGUGCUCACAAACCGACACCGCGGAUGUCUUUUCGGAUGAUUAUUUCCUGGACAUGGUGCGACCGCAGAUGCGUGAAAUGAAUUCCCGCCAGAAGAUGCGCUUCAAGCAGAAGAUUUUUAACGCGCUCAUGGAGACCUUCGAUGAUGCCACCGAUUUUCCUGAUAGCGGUGACUUGCAGCAUUUCAACAUUAAUACUCCAUCGGGUUACGAGAAUGUCUCUGAUGUGGAGUUGCGUUUGAUGCGUGAGCUGGUGAGCAUUGUCAGCGCUGCCAAGCACACGCCAGAGACAACAUCGACGGUGGCAACAGCCUUGAUCUUGCCCACCGUUGCUAAGAAUGCUACACCGGUGGCAGCCAAGCCGCAAGGCGCGGUAGCAGCAGCGUCGCCAGCAGCGACAGCGUCGUCAGCUAAGCCGAAUCUCGAUGAGAAGCGAAUGUAUCGCAUCAUGCCCAUGGCCAAUGGCGUAAAGGUGCCGAUGACGAUGUUGCGUCAGGACAGCAUCGACAGCAACAGCAGCACCGCACGAAGCACGCCGGGGAUUGCAACCGUAACCGGAGCUGCCGCAGCUGCGGCACGUGCCAAGUUUGUGAUACCCGCCAAGUCGCCGCGCAUACUAGAUCCCCUAACUACGCUGCUGACCACAGUGCCACAAGCGGGCAACGCCAACAAAGUAACUGCCGCAGCAGCAACAGUUACCACCGGCAAGGAUCCCAUGCUGGUGCGUCAGAUGGGAAGACGCUACUCCAUCUGCGGAGGUGUUGGACCCAGCGCCACAUUGGCCAACUCGCAGACGGCUGCUGCCUCUGUUGGAGCCGUGAAUGGUUCCUUGGAGGCGAUGCUCAAGCGCCGUCUCCCUAAUGUGACGCAGUCGAUGGUGCCGCCGCAGCAACGUCCGCGCUACUCACAGAGUCCCACCGGACACAUUGCACCUGGGAACAGUUUGCUGGUGCGUCGCGCUGCUGUGGCAGGUGCACAGAAGCAAGUGUCGCCACAGGGCGGCAUGCCACUGACACAAAAGUCACCGCAGCUUAGCGGCAAUACGGGAUUCAACUCGUUUGCUACUCCCACAACGCUGCAACGUGUCACAUCGCCACAGAAACGUGGCAUGGUCAUCGCCAAUGUGAAGGGUCAAGGUCAACAGCAGGCCAAAUCUUCGGUGGCUGCUGUGCGCGCUGCGGCGCCUCUCGGUCAAAUCAAGUCGACGUCGUCGCCUAAUGUGGCAAAUUUGUUGAGCGAUUCGCGUCCAAACAUGUCCAAUCCAGCUCAACGACCCCCAGCUCCCGCACAGACAUCACAAGCUACAACUGCAAUUGCAAUUCAAUCUCAGCCGCAUUCCCAGCCAGCCAAAGCAGCCGCAGUCGCAGCCGCAGCAGCAGCAGCUAAGACAGCAGCAGCCGCAGAGCAACGUGAGGAGACGCAGACGGCGGGCAUCAUUGCCGCCGAUUACUUUGACAUGAGUCGCCUCAAACGUGAGCCACAGGACAUCUUGGAUGACGACAUCUUGGGCAUGUAAUUCAAUCUAUCCCCAAAAAAUCUUCAUAUUCCAUAAUAUGCAUUACAGUUAUACUAUCAAAUGAACAUAUAUAUGUAUUUUUGUUUUUAUCAAUUAUUACAUACAAUACUAAAUAUAUAUAUUACUAUAUAUGAAUAAAUAUUGAGUCAUGAAGACCAAGAAUUUAAUGUUCAGUUUGUUACAAUUUU